AUGAAUAAUGACGAUCAUGUUCUACAUUCCGCACAAUCGUCACCGUACGCUCUUAUAAAUACUUACAUAACUUCGUAUUCACUAAAAUCUACCUCGAAAGAAAAACCACAUUUUAAUCUUUCGAUACCAUUAAACCGUAAACGUAGAAAAUCGAUCAUUCCUUCAUCACAUUUACCAACGAAAUUAACAAAAUUAUUCGAAAUGGAUAACGAAAAAGAUAAUUCAUCAAGUAAAAAUUAUUCAUUAGAAGAAACAAAAAAACAAUCUGAACACAGUACUGAUACUACUUCAAUAAAUCAAACAAACAACAAUUAUGAUAACAAUGAUUUAUUACCCAUAAAAAAGAAUGAGAAUCUUAUUAACAAAGAAGAAACUGAUGAUGAAAAUAAUUUUGAUUCUUUUAUUAUACAAAAUUUUGCACCAUUUUCCGGUGAAGAAGAUGUUAAUCAAUGGUGGAGUGAAACCAAAAGGAGAUUUAAUCGAUUUUUAAUUCCGAGAAAUUUACGUUUGACGGCCAUUCCAUUAUUAGUGGAGGGACCCGCAGAAAAGGUAUAC